UUAUUGAAUCGUCUGUGUUUGACAGUGAGUCUGUGUUGUGGGUGCUUUGUUUUUUAUUUACCGGAAAAUGAGCAUUGGACUAGCCCGAUCGACACUUCUUUAACUGCGCAUCCCAAGUAUCCUUUGCAUUCGACCAUAUAUUGCUGUGCUGAAGGUGACCAAGCCUUUGAUAUAAUAUAUCACCUGCCGGUCCUCCGCCUUGGCCCUAGUUUUUGCUCAAGUCAUGCCCUCCAUGAAGUCUUAUUUCAACCCGCUGUCGAUCGUACCUGACACAGGUCGUCAUCGGCUCCCAAUGCCACUAAUGACCUCCUCAACCUACACAGACGAGUUUCGAUCCCUAACUGACGCCGGGAAGGCGGAGUUUAUAAAUGGACGGUUGCUGCAAGGCCAGCAACAGGGUUUCCACUCCUUAAUCGCCGGCAGCGAACGUGGAACAGCGCGGUUUCCACCCAAUGAUUUGACCAGAAAUAUUCCCAAAUCUUAUAACCGGCUCAAAACUAUCCAGCGUCGAGCUGACGAUAAGACCAAAAGAAUCCAAAAAUUGGAGAAGCGUAUAGCUUUACUAGAGCUAAAGCUGGGAAUAUCGUACCAAUCGCAUAUCAGGAGACAGACCCAUGGCCCAGCAUUCUCUCUGUCUCCAUAUGAGAAUGAGAGCCAAUCUAUCCGGCUUCCGGCCAUUCGUGAAGCCGCGCCAAACAGAGCCGAUCUGCCCAUGAGGAAAGCUCCGAACAAACACCAGUCUAGAAGCUGUAUUGAGGGGCGGCGCAGUAAGAUGCUAAGCUUGUCGGAUAUUUGCACACCACCUGAUGAAUUUCACGCUGCGAAAACUCGAAAAGAGACUCGGGUCAAAAAGGAAGACAUUUGCAAGCCGGCGAAGACUUGUGUGGAGGACACUGGAAGCACACGAGAUCACCCGAUUGUAGUCGAGUAAUGGAGACACCCAGCUUUCGUCACCUUCUCUCUCAAAUUAAACAGCUCAGUAUUUACGUAACUUUUUUGUUAGCGGGUAGCGCAAAUUCAAAAAUUAGGAUUUCCCUCAAGGCAUCGGCAAGUCAAGUGUAGCUAAGCUCCCUAAAACCAAAAGUGGCAUGAUUUACCCCUGUGAUAGAAGUUAGUAUGUUUUCAACAAAGGCGUCUUCCUGCAGAACGAAACUGGGCACAAAGUAUCAUGUAUUCUCGA